AUGUACCUGGCCAACGCUUCUGAUGCCACUCGCUGCAAAGCCUUUCCGACCACCUUGACGAAAGCAGCGAUGAAGUGGUUCGAUAGCCUCCCUCCAAGGUCGGUCACGAGCUUCGACGACCUCUCGCGGAAAUUCCUGAUGCGAUUCUCUAUACAGAAAGACAAGGUAAAGCACGCACCAAGCCUCCUGGGUGUGAAACAAGAGGUCGGAGAACCUUUGAGAAGCAUGGAAAGGUUCAACAAAGCGUGCUUGAAAAUUCAAGACUUGCCCACAGAGGCAGUAAUCAUGGGCCUAGUAAAUGGGCUCAGGGAAGGCUCUUUCUCCCAGUCCAUAUCAAAAAGGCACCCUACCUCCCUAAACGAUGUACAGGAAAGAGCUGAAAAGUACAUCAACAUGGAGGAAAAUGCUAGACUACGAGAGUCGAAUUGGCGGCCUGGACACUCUCACCUGUCGAAAGAAAAAGAGAGAGAAUCCAAGAAGAAAGAGGAGAUUGGCAUGGAAAAGCCAAGGAGAUAUCACUCUUACACUCCUCUGAAAGUCUCCCUAGUCGAUGUGUAUAGUGAAAUUUGCCACACUGAAAGGCUUCCACCCCCUAGGCCCAUCAAGAACAAAAAGGGGGGAAGUCGCAGCGACUAUUGCGAAUACCACAAAAUGUACGGCCAUCCUACAAACGACUGUUACGACCUCAAAAAUGUGAUAGAAAAGUUGGCCAGAGAAGGUCGGCUCGACAGAUAUCUCGUAGAAAGGUCGGACAAUCACGGAAAAAGGAAGCGAGAGGACAGUGAUCGAAGAGACCCACCACCACAGACCUAG